CAUGCGCAUUGUCCGCCAUUAGAACGAAUAUUUCAGAAUAGGAAGUUGGACGUAGCAAAAAUACCCGAUAUUCUGUCAUGUUUAUGCUCUCCUCUUAUGUUGUACGUUAGAUCGGAAAGCAACAUGUUUUCAAUAUUUCGAUGCGUGCAAUAAAGAAUGGCAACCAUAGAGCCCAACAUAAAUGUCACGUUAUUUCAAGAACUGAAAAAGAAGUACCCAGAUAUUCCCGAUUAUGUCGUCACUAGUAAGAUGCAACAGCAUAAAAAUGACAGAGCCAAAUGCAUAGCAGUCCUGGAUGGUGAAAAUGACAAUUAUUUAUUUGGACCAGCUCCUCCGUUACACACUUCCUAUCAAGAGAUUCCCAUAAAUCCCGCUGAAGGUAGGAAGAGAAGCGACUCGGGAUCUAGCGGGAUCAGCAGCACCAGCACAAACAGCAUGUCUAGCUCCUCGUCCGUGCCGUACACCAAUCCCAAUGGGGGCAAGAACAACUACCAGGGACAUUCAAACGAGGCUCUAGGCCCGCCAUCAUCGUUGGGUGGUAAUAACAUAGAUCAGUUUAUUCCAUCUUCAAGGAAUAUUUCAUACAGCCCGAGUGAGCAGUACAUGUUUGGGGGACGCGUCCCCUCAGGACAUAAUUACCCCCACGUGCCAUCCUCAAGUCCGUCUGUCCUGAGGCAGGCACAUGGUGGCAGCCACUUCACACCCCCUGCCCAGAUAAGCCGGCCCACUCCUCACUGCAUUGAAAUUCAAAUUCAACAGCGCGUGCUUCCGCAAGAUCAGUACCGCCAGAACAUGUCUGGCUAUAACCAAAAACAGCAACCUUUUCCAACCUGGUCCAGAACCAGCACUGGGAAUGUGAGUAACUGUAAUUCAGGGGGAGGGUAUAAUAGUCUGGAUCGCCAAAGCCCCAGGCCUCGACGGCCGGUUCCCCCAUUGCCAACUUCCCAAAAUGACUCGAGAGUUGGUCCUCUCCAGUUUGGGCCUCCCCAAAAGCAGUUCAUUAGCUCCCCUACAACUCCCCAGCAGGAGAAACACUCAUCGCAAAAGACUAUUUUCUUGCAGCCUGUGUCAACUACGCCGGAGAGAAUUCCCCAUAAUUCUGGGGAGUAUGGUGUACAUCCAUCUACCAGUGACCCCAACUUGCCCCCAACGUAUCCCCCCUUAACCCAGGGGUUACCGGGUAAUCCCAAUCAACCCAAUGCAACUUUCACUCUUCGAUCUCCUCUGUAUAUACAUGCGAACGACACAGAGCCAAAUAACCCUGGCACGCCUGGUUACAAUCCCUAUUUGCCAACAGAUCAUUUGAAUGGCCAAUACCAUAACUUAAAGUACGGAGAACCCGCGUGUAUUCUUAAUAUAGGGGGUGCUACAAAUCCCCCUUCAUAUCAAGUGUUUCCAGUGACAGGAGGUGCUAGUGAUUCAGAGCAAAUGUUCGGACACCAAUUUCUCCCCAACCCGGGGAACCGGUGUGCGAUUUCUGGGCAUUCGCCUUAUGUGAGGACUCCAAGUUCUGAAAGUGACCGUAGGUCGAUUCCCACACCCCCAGGGGAGGACAGACACAUGGUGAACCCCCAGGUCAUGUUCCCGCCUGUAAGUAUAGGGGCGGUCACUGAACCCACCCCGGUAGACAGGCCGGUCUCAUCCUCGGGGGGAGGACAGGAGGAGGCAGACUAUACAAGAGCGCUCUUGAAAUUUCAAAGAGAGAAAAUGGAGAAUCUGAAGCAGGACUUGGAGUCAGAGCUGAGGAAGCUGAUCAAGACGAGGUCAGAGGUCAAACAGAUGGAGAAGAACAUGCUGGAGAGGAAGAAAAACAAGAGUUACAACCAGCAGCCUUUGGAGGAUGUGACUCGACUGCGGGAGAUAAAUCGACGUCUCCAAGCAGACAUACAGGUCAUGACCAGGGAGAUUGACAUGUAUAACAAUGGGCAAACUCCACUUGGUGUGCUUGACCCCUUAGAACAGCAGAACUUUUACAAGAACAUGAACACUGGCCCCCAGGGAUCCAUUUAUUCCAGACCUCCCCCUCAGACCCCCUCGCGAGAAACACCGCCCCCAAUUCCACCCCGAACGCCAAUUACCGGACCGACGACGGCCCUGGUGCCCCCCGCCCCUCCUCCCCAGCCGCUGCAGGACUCGGACGGGGACGGGGAGCCCUGGAAUUGCUCAGCCUGCACAUUUCUGAACCAUCCAGCCCUGAAUAAAUGCGAGUGUUGUGAAAUGCCCAGAAUGAACGCCUCUCCCCCCUCCACAGGUAGCGUGCGACAACACGUUUGUACAUCCGAAUCCUGCUACUGUCAUAAUAGAUGAUGGUGUCUACCUGCUCUAUUAAACCCCCAAAAUUGUUUUCUCUUUUUUUGGUCCAGUCAUUUUGAAAAUGAAAAAGUUGAGAUGGCGAUAGUGUCGACCUUAUUUUUAUUAUUCCAUUUGACUUUGCUAGUGAAGAUAAUAAGGGUGAAUUUUUGGACAGAAUGCCAAUACAGAUAUGCAAGUAGAUUUCUUAUCUUUUCCUCUGCUAGUUUAUCAAUAUAAUUUUCUUUUUAUUUGGGAAAUUUAAUGUUUGGUAUAUUAUAUAUCGAAGUUUGAGUUUAAAUUCAAUUUUUAAUGUGAACAUGAUGAAGGAAUUAUAAAUUCCCUGGAAACUCUUUUUCUGUGAGAUAUCAUGACAAAAAUAAUUGGUUGUAUAGAAGUGCUAGGAACAUUAUGAAUUAUGUGUAAAUUCAAGGGCCUUAUAAAGGAUAAUGCUGUGAUCAAACUUCAGUUACAUGAAAUUUAAGACUGCUGUGUUAGAAUUGUAAACAAUAGAAAGCACUUAUUAAGGAUUUUUAUUUUUAAAUUCUAAUUUAUCCCACAAAUUUUUUUGUUUACUAUUGAAAGACUGGAGAACAUCGACUUUUUAACAGUGAAAGGAGAUUCAGUUGUUUUUGGUUAAUUAUUGAAGAUAAACUCCUGUGAUUUUUUGCAGCAAGAUUUCGUGAAAGAAUUUGUCAAAUUACGAAAUAUUUUUCUACUCAUGUGAUAGCUGACUGUCGAUAUUUUAUAAUGAAAAAGAAACUUUACAAUUACCAAUUUUGUGUACCUUGCCAUCAGUGAAGAAUUUCAAUUUACAUGAUUGUACAGUUUUCUUUGUAAUGUAAAUACUAUAAUUACGUAGUCUGAAUAAAAAUCUCAUCAAACUGAA